AUGCCAGGUCCCGCUUCGGGGCGCUUCUUGGCACAAAACGCUGGGCUUCCCGCAACCAACUCUGUUGGGCUACCUGUUGUCCGGCCUAAGAAGAAGCUCAAGGCAUUCCAUUGGGACAAGGUCGACACCCCAUUGGCAACGCAUUGGGCGGCACAUACACCGUCCCCCGAGUCGAGAGAAGAGAAGUAUCAUGAGCUCAGCAAGAAGGGUAUCCUUGACGAGGUUGAGAAGUUGUUCAUGGCGAAGGAGAUCAAGAAGCUUGGCGGUGGAAGUGCCAAGAAGGAUGACAAGAAACAAAUCAUCUCCAACGAUUUGCGCAAGGCAUUUGAAAUCGCACUUGCCAAGUUCUCACAGUACCCUGUUGAGAAGGUGGUGCAGAUGAUCAUCCACUGCGACAAAGACGUACUCGACAACCCAGUCGUUAUGGAUUUCUUGCAGAAGGAUGAUCUCUGCAAUAUUUCGGAUAACACUGCCAAGGUCAUGGCACCGUAUAGCAAGGACUGGACUGGACCGGAUGCCGGCAAAGAUACCCGAGAACAAGAUCCUAACGAGCUCACAAGACAGGAUCAGAUCUACCUGUACACGGCAUUCGAACUUCAUCACUACUGGAAGAGUAGGAUGAGGGCCCUUGCACUGACCCGCAGCUUCGAACAAGACUACGAAGAGAUCACCGAUAAGAUGCGCGCCGUUGUAGGAGUAUCCGAAUCUUUGAGAGAUUCCGUGUCCCUUAUGAACGUACUAGGACUCAUCUUGGAUAUCGGUAAUUAUAUGAACGACGCGAACAAGCAAGCCCGCGGUUUCAAGCUCUCUUCUCUUGCCAGACUUGGUAUGGUGAAGGACGACAAGAACGAAUCGACUCUUGCGGAUCUCGUCGAGCGUAUCGUGCGCCAGCAAUACCCGGAGUGGGAAGACUUCGCCAAGGACAUCGAGGGCGUCAUUGCGGCGCAGAAGAUCAACAUCGAACAGCUUCAGGCUGAUGCCAAGAGAUAUAUCGACAACAUCAAGAACGUACAAAUGUCUCUCGACUCUGGCAAUCUCUCCGAUCCGAAGAAGUUCCACCCCCAGGAUCGGGUGUCGCAGAUUGUGCAGAGGGUCAUGAAGGAUGCUCGAUUCAAGGCAGAGCAGAUGCAGUUGUAUCUGGAAGAGAUGGUGCGCACAUACAACGACAUCAUGGUUUUCUACGGCGAAGACCCGGCAGACGACAAUGCUCGUCGCGAUUUCUUCUCCAAGUUGGCGUCGUUCAUCAAUGAGUGGAAGAGGUCGCGUGAGAAGAACAUUCAGUUGGAAGAGCAGCGAAAGCGGAACGAGGCAUCGAUGAAGCGCAAGAAUGCGCAGUUCAAGGCUUUACAAGCAGCCGAGGCACCAGGACCGGCAAGCCCUGGGAGUGCGGGGGCAAUGGACAGUCUACUCGAGAAGCUCAGAGCGGCAGCCCCGCAAACAAGAGACCAAAGAGACAGGAGGAGGAGAGCACGUCUCAAGGACAAACAUCAAGUCCGCAUCGCCUCGGGCCAGCAAGUGCCAGAUUUCAACGAAAUCCCCGAGGUGGAGGCCGCCCUGCAGACCGGCAAGAGUGUUGCAUCCGCAAUCACGGCCGACGACGGCGCCAGCAACGGUCUUCUCAGCCCCAACUCCUUACCGCCAACAAAGGAGGCUCCCGACGCGGAGGAAGACGACGUCGCUCGACGCGCAGCUGCAUUGCUGCAAAGCUUCCAGGGCGGCGAUGGGGCGGAGGACGAUGCAGAGAAGCGGGAAAGUCUGAGGAAGUCGAGGAGGCAGACUGCAGCCGAGGAGAGGAACAUGAGAAGGCGGAGGAGAGAAAAGGCGCAGACUAGCACGACUGGUGAAGACGGGAAGGACGGGCCAACAGGGGCAGAUGGGACGGAAGCCGCGCCUUCAGCUAGCGCUGAGGAUCUUUCGGCAGCUGCCGAUGGGCCGUCAUCAUCACGACCAGGCACAGCAACGAGUGCCGGGACACCAGCGGAGGAGACUGGGACUGAGGCUACACCUGCGGCAACGGCAACGGCAACGGCGACGGCGACGGUGACGGACACGAGUCCUGAAGAAAGUAAAGAAACUACAGGAUGA